AUGUAUGGAUCAGCACGUAGCUCUUUCCAGAGCUCCGAAUAUACCAAUAAUCCACCAUGGCAGAAAUUACUGUGGGUUAAACAAAACUAUCCAGAUAACUAUGUAGAUGGCACAUUUCUAGAGGAACUUCAGCGCAACGUCAAUGUACGCUCCUACAACUACUGGACCAUGGUGUAUGAAUCUGGGGUGAUCACACAGCAGGUCAGCAGUGUUGUGAUAUUCAUUGCCAUCUUCAUCUAUCUCCAAGUGCAUUCACUGUCUGGAAACCAUCUGAUAUGGACAGGCUCCUUGUUGACAGGCAUUGGCUAUAUAUCCUGGGAUCUGAUUAUACGAAGCAAUCAUGAAUUCAAACGACAACGCGUUGCCAAGAGCGCAUUCUUCUUUUACAUCACACUGUUAGGAUUGUCACCUAUUCUAAAGACACUCACCAGCCAAACCAGCGAUGACACCAUCUGGGCAUUGACAGUAUGCUGUUUCCUCGCCAAUGUGCUGUUUCACGACUACAAGACACAGGCCAAGAGCAUAAAGAUUCCAGGGUCUUUAUCCACCAAUGCAGCCAUCUUUGCGUCUGUAUUACUGGCAUCUCGAUUGGAUACCAACGUAGAUGUCUUUGGUCUACUGUCAUUUGCCGUUGAAUGGUUUUCACUGUUUCCUAUUUUUAGACGACAUCUUAAAGACUUAAAUCCUCUGAUACAGAUUGGUGUCACAGUAGCAAUGUUGCUUACUUGUGUAGCGUUGUUUAUUCAAAUCUCAAAAGCAGUGGUAUUUUUGUACAUUUUGGGGUUCUGUUUUUUAACUUUUGUAUGUCCAUACUGGCUUAUAUUCAUCCAAAAGUACAAAAAUGAAAUCCAUGGGCCUUGGGAUGAAGCAAGACCCAGAUUACAAAGAGCAAAUAGACGUAACCUGUAUAGAAAGAGAACCAGCAACUAA